UGGACUGGCUGGACCUGCCCGGCCGCUGGACCUACGGAGUUGACCGCGGUGGGAGGAUCUUCUUCGUCAAUGACGAGGACAGGUCGACCAGCUGGACACACCCUGGUACGGAAGCCUCCAUCCAGAGUGGACACGCCUCCAGCCCAGGUUUGCCCAAGGGCUGGGAGGUGGACUGGACGCCGGAAGGAGCCGUGUAUUUCAUCAACCACAAUGAAAGACAGAACACAUUUCUGCACCCAGUGACCGGCAAGGUCCCGGAGGAAAACAAAAAAUUUGACUUGAAAACCUCGGCCUUGGACAUGUCCAAUAAAACAGGCGGGAAACGCCCAGGUACCAGUGACAGUGACAUAUCCAACCACACCAUGGUGUCCGAGGUCCCUCCAGAGCGGCCCAGUGUCCGGGCGACUCGGACGUCCCGCAAAGCCAUCGCCUUUGGCAAGCGCUCACACUCCAUGAAGAGGAACCCCAAUGCACCUGUCACCAAGGCAGGCUGGCUCUUCAAACAGGCCAGCUCCGGGGUCAGGCAGUGGAACAAGCGCUGGUUCGUCCUGGUGGACCGUUGCCUCUUCUACUACAAAGAUGAGAAGGAAGAGAGCGUCCUGGGCAGCAUCCCCCUCCUGAGCUUCCGGGUCGCCGCCGUGCAGCCCUCGGACAACAUCAGCCGGAAGCACACGUUUAAGGUGACUGUGUGCUGGGUGGAGGAGGCCGGGGCCAGUUCCACGCGCUGCCUCUCCCCACAGGCCGAGCACGCCGGCGUCCGCACCUACUUCUUCAGUGCCGAGGGCCCCGAGGAGCAGGAGGCCUGGAUCCAGGCCAUGGGGGAGGCUGCCCGAGUCCAGAUCCCUCCAGCCCAGAAGUCAGCGCCCCAGCCUGUGCGUCAGGGCCACGAGAAGCCAGACUCCGAGAACAUCCCCCCCGGCAAGCAGCACCAGCAGCCACCCCACAACAGCCUGCCCAAGCCCGAGCCCGAGGCCAAGACCCGAGGGGAGGGGGACGGCCGAGGCUGCGAGAAGGCAGAACGCAGGCCCGAAGUCAAGAAGGAGUCCCUGGGCAAAGCCGGCGGCAUCCCGGCUGAGCCCGGCUCAGAGCCAGGCAGCCCUUACCCGGAGGGCCCGAGGGUCCCGGGGGGAGGGGAGCCGCUGGCCCAGCCCAAUGGCUGGCAGUACAGCUCCCCCAGCCGGCCGGGGAGCACAGCGUUCCCACCUCAGGACGGGGACAGUGGGGGCCUGCGCCGGAGCUUCCAGCCACGCACCAACCCAGACAAAAUCGCCCAGCGCAAGAGCUCCAUGAGCCAGCUGCAGCAGUGGGUGAACCUGCGCCGGGGCGCGCCCCCGCCAGAGGACCUGCGGAGUCCCUCCAGGUUCUACCCCGUGUCCCGCAGAGUCCCCGACUAUUACGGCCCCUACUCCUCCCAGUACCCUGAGGAUUACCAGUACUACCCGCCCGGGGUGCGGCCGGACAGCAUCUGCUCCGUGCCCGCCUACGACCGGAUCAGCCCGCCCUGGGCCCUGGAGGACAAACGCCACUCCUUCCGCAACGGGGGCGGCCCUGCCUACCAGCUGCGCGAGUGGAAGGAGCCUGCUGGCUAUGGGCGGCCGGACGGCAGCAUGUGGAUCCCCAGCCCCUCACGGCAGCCGAUGUACUACGACGAGCUGGACGCCGCGGCCGGCUCCCUGCGCCGCCUGUCCCUGCAGCCCCGCUCCCACUCGGUGCCACGCUCGCCCAGCCAGGGCUCCUACAGCCGCGCCCGCAUCUACUCCCCGGUCCGCUCGCCCAGUGCCCGUUUUGAGCGGCUGCCGCCACGCAGCGAGGACAUGUACGUGGACCCUGCCGCCUACGUGAUGCGACGAUCCAUCAGCUCCCCCAAGUAUGAUUACCUGGGAGACAGGCGGCCAGCCCCUGCAGGACUGCUCCCCCACAACUACCCACCAUCCCCCUCGGUCCACGAUAAGAUGGAUGAACUUUUAGAUCUUCAGUUGCAAAGAAACCUAGAGUAUUUGGAUCAGCAGAUGAGUGAGAGCGAGACACUCAUCAGUAUGGUGAACCGCAUGGUGGAGAACUCCUCCCCCAGGGCCCAAGUCUUCAUGCAAGUCCCUCCGUACCCAGAAGUAUUCCGGGACGGGCUCCACACCUUCAAGCUGAAUGAGCAAGACACAGACAAGCUGCUGGGCAAACUGUGCGAGCAGAACAAGGUGGUGCGAGAGCAGGACCGGCUGGUGCAGCAGCUCCGGGCGGAGAAGGAGAGCUUGGAAAGUGCCUUGAUGGGGACCCACCAGGAGCUGGAGAUGUUCGGCAGCCAGCCCGCCUACCCGGAGAAGCUGCUGCACAAGAAAGAGUCGCUGCAGAACCAGCUCAUCAACAUCCGGGUGGAGCUGUCUCAGGCGACCACGGCCCUGACGAACAGCACCGUGGAGUAUGAGACCCUCGAGUCGGCGGUCUCCGCCCUGCACGACGGCCUCUGGGAGCAGCUCAAUUUGGACCCGCAGAACGAGGCGCUUUCGCGGCAAAUCCAGAAGGAGAUCUGGCGGAUCCAGGACGUCAUGGAGGGGCUGCGGAAGAACAACCCGUCCCGGGGCACAGACACCGCCAAGCACAGGGGAGGACUCGGUCCCUCGGCCACCUACAGCUCCAACAGCCCCGCCAGCCCUCUCAGCUCCGCCAGCCUCACCAGCCCCCUGAGCCCCUUUUCCCUGGUGUCUGGCUCCCAGGGGUCCCCCACCAAGCCCAGCUCUAGCGAGGGCCAGACAAGCUAUGAGCAGAGCAAGAAAGACCCCCUCCAGGUGUCGCCCCUCGACGCUCCCGGAGACAUCAGCCUGGUGCCCACCAGACAAGAGGUGGAGGCGGAGACCCAGGCGGCGCUCAACAAAGUCGGCAUUGUGCCCCCGAGGACGAAGUCGCCCGCCGACCAGGAGGUGACCCCAUCGGCCGUGGUCAGGAGGACGGCCAGUGGGCUCAGCAACGGCCUGAACUCUCGGCAGGAGCGCCCCAAGAGCGCGCUGUUUCCCAGCGAGGGGAAGGUGAAGAUGAGCGUGGAGGAGCAGAUUGAGCGAAUGCGGCGGCACCAGAGUGGCUCCAUGAAGGAGAAGCGGAGAAGCCUGCAGCUGCCCGCCAGCCCAGCGCCGGACCCCAGCCCCCGGCCCGCCUACAAAGUGGUGCGCCGUCAUCGCAGCAUCCACGAGGUGGACAUCUCCAACCUGGAGGCGGCCCUGCGUGCAGAGGAGCCCGGUGGGCAGGCGUACGAGACGCCGCGGGAGGAGAUCGCCCGGCUGCGCAAAAUGGAGCUGGAGCCGCAGCACUACGACGUGGACAUCACCAAGGAGCUCUCCACCCCAGACAAAGUCCUCAUCCCCGAGCGGUACAUCGACCUGGAGCCCGACGCCCCCCUGAGCCCCGAGGAGCUGAAAGAGAAGCAGAAGAAGGUGGAACGGAUCAAGACGCUCAUCGCCAAGUCCAGUAUGCAGAACGUGGUGCCCACCGGCGAGGGGGACUCUCUGGACGUGCCCCAGGACUCAGAGAGCCAGCUGCAGGAGCAGGAGAAGCGGAUUGAAAUCUCCUGUGCCCUGGCGACCGAGGCCUCCCGCAGGGGCCGCAUGCUGUCUGUGCAGUGUGCCACCCCAAGCCCUCCCACCUCCCCUGCUUCCCCGGCUCCGCCAGCCAACCCCCUGUCGUCUGAAUCCCCACGGGGCGCCGACAGCAGCCAAGCCAUGCGGCUCUGAGCUCUGACUGCAAGCCCUGGCUGAGGCCAAUGCUGCGAAACUCCACAGAGCCACGUGCUGAGGCUGUCCUCUGCCCGCUGGAGGUGCCGGCUCCCCACCCUGGCCCCACGCCCCUGCGCUCCCGUGGGGCUUCCCCGGGGAGCCAGGCUGGGGCCAGGAACGCUGCCAGGAAGAACAUGGACGCCUGGUGUCCACACACCCACGGCACACGACGCUGACGCCCUCGCUGCUGCUCAUGCCGUGGUCCUGGGCCAGGCCUGAGAUGGCGGAGUGGGAGCGCCAUGCUCUGUGACGCCCAGGUCACCAGGAGCCUCAGCCUGGCUCUGGCUGGGGCUGCGCUGGCCCUACUGGAACACUCCCUGGGAGCCACCUGCCCUUGGCUGCCUUGGGUCAGGGUGAGAGGGGAGAGGAGGUCAGUGCUGUGCCUCUCGGAGCAGGGCCUGAUGCUGGGGACAGCGCUGGCCCCAGCCUGCACCCCAGCCGCCCCAGGGCUUCAAUGCAUCCCAGCUUGGGGGGAGCUCCCCGGGGGUCUAGCGGAGACUAAGCAGCCUGCCUGAGCCAAAGACCAGAUAAGAGGAGGACAGGCUCCCAGCCCCAGAGGGGACAGUGCUGGCUGAGGACGGGGGACAGCAGGUCGGGCAGUGUCUGAGAGUGGGAGUAGCAGGGACAAGGGCAGGACCUUGGAGAGUAAGGGGUGGGGACAGAGCCGGAGACAUUUGCAAGUGAUGAGGGAUGGAGGGACGUGGCGACGAUGAUGAUGGGAUUGGUUUCCCAGGGUGGAGCCUGGGCUUAUUCCAAGUACAGGGUUGGAUGGUCACCCCCACUCCUGCCACCUUGGCCCCAGCAUCAGUGGGGCCCCAGCUUGGGGAGGGGGAGGCAGAGCCACAGCCUGCGGCUGGCGCUGUCUGGGUCUGAGCCUGGUAUUCGCGUCCCCAGCUGGGCCAGGGGGAGAGAAAGGGAGCUGUGCUAUGUAGGGUGCAGUCGGCCAUGGGGUCCCCCCUAACCAGCCUGUGUCCCGUGCGCCCUGGAGUGUGUUCAUGGAGGGAAGAGGAGGGGAGCGAGGCCAGGCUCCCUGUUGGUCCACGUCCAGCCAGAAGCAGGCCCUGUCUCCUCGGCCCCUUGAGAUGCACGCAGCCAGGGAGGAAGACGCUGGGCUCCUUGGCCAGAGCUGCUGCCCACAAGCUUCAGCCUGACCUCCAGUGGCUCCGGGAACAGCCGCUUUAUCUCCUGCUAGCUCCUCACCCGCCCUCCAUCACGGCUGGACGGUUACUGGCUCACAGCACGGCGAGGUGACAGGUGGCUCAGCCAAUAGUGAGAGAGCACCAUGGGGCUCCAGGCACUGUUGGGGUGCUGAGUGAAAGGCUCCCCUGACCUUCGACCUUCACCGCUCCCAGGCUGUCCAGGCGGCUCUGAGGCUGCAGCCUCUGCCCUACAGAUGGCAGGGGAGGGGCCGGCCUCGGGUCCCGUCUCCCCGCACCCUCCUCCUGCCGCAAGAAACUGAAGUUUUCAGGGCCUUCCAUGCCUCCCCCUUCCUCCGUCUCCUUUUUUUUAAGUGACAUUUUUAGAAAUACACGUGUAAUAUACCAAGAAAUCCUGUCUUCGUCUCCGCCACCUCUUAUUCCAUAAAGCUGGCUCUUUAUGUUGCUUCACAUGCCUUAAUAUAUGUUUUGUGGAGAUUCUACACAUCACAGGUGUCUGUGUAAUGUUAGAGAGGCGUUCGUUUGGAUGUCUGAUCCUUGCCUUCGGCCCCACCCAUCGUCACUCCUGUGCGGUUCCUGGCAUGUCGUCGUCGCUUCCCCCUUGCUGUUUUGAUCCAAAGAAGGGGAGAGGAAAGACUUAUUUUAAGACAGAUCUAUUUUAUGCUUCUGUUAGAAAAGCAAAUCUAUUUUCAAAAUGUGCAAUGUCUGGAUGGGCUGGGCAGAGGUGUGAAGAGACGGGGGUGGGGGUGGGGCGGCCGCCGCGGGGUCCCUGCCCUGUGCCUUUCUGUCGUCAGCAAAGGGCUGCCCCCCACCCCCACCCCGGCUGAAGCUCUGUGCGGGAGCCAGGCCUCUCCUUUGCAAAUGUAAGGAGGUGAUGACCCUGGGGAGGGGGUCGCACUGGGAGUGGGGGGGAUCCCUCCUGAAGCAGUUGUUUACAGUCAGAUGCAAAAGGGCAGCCACACCCCCAUGGCCCCUGCACGGGGCCUCCUUCCCCACCCUGCCAGGAAGGGCAGCCAGGAUGCCUGCCUGCUCCCGCUGGGCCCACAGUGGUGCAAAGGUCCAGGGAAGCGGCUUGGGACCCGCUGCGCUGUCCCAGGGCCUGUGGCACAGACCCGUGGCGCUCCUGAGCCGCACGCCUUCUCUUCCACCUCAUCCCUCCCUGUCUGGUCUCCCUCUGCGCUGUUGUUGUGGGGCUGGCACCUCAGUCUGGUGUGUAGACGGUGGCUGAGGAGGGUCCCGUGCACGAUGUAGCACCUCGGCCUCGCCCAGGGAGCCCCCAGGACUCUUCUGGGGCAGGCUAAGCUGCCUUCCAGACUGCUGCUCCGCUGUGGGUGAGGGGGCUGCUGCCUUGCAAGGAUUCGGGGCAGGAGGGCCGUCUCUGUCCAGAUCUGAAAUCCAGGGUCUGGGGCUGACCUCACAACCUGGGCGCUCCCUGGCGCCCUGCUCCCAGCCUAGGGUACAGGCUGCUAGGUGUGGACAUAACCAAGGCGGAGGCCCAGCGCUGAGGAUCCCCCCUCCGGCGGGGAGCCCCAGUGACUCACACAGGGCUUCUCCAGUUAGCACAUACCUCCCUGAUCACCCACCAAGAGGCUGCCCUCAAACCCUGCUACUGUCACUUUAAAGAUUUUAUGAGGUCGCCAGCCAUGCGCGUGGUCUCCUGCCUUUGUGAGCGGCAGGGCUGAGCACAGCGAAAUGGAGUCCAUUCCUUUCCCUUUAUCCACCUUCCACCUGGCAGCUCUGAACACUACGGAAAAUAUUAAUAUAUAUAUAUACAUAUCUCUAUUUAUGCACAUACGGGGGCCAAAUCGACUUGCUAGUGUUAGACAAUAAAACAUGCAAGGAACUGUAUGAUCUCAGUGUCUUUAUUUAGUAUGAAAGUGACCUUAGAAGACGUCACGGGGAGAGGAACAGAGGGGACAGGACAGCCGCAGCACCCCUCGACGUCGCUCUGCUGGCCACCCUGUCCCCCGAGAGGACGAGUAGGUGACAUUCCCCACCGCCUCUCAGUAGCAUCCCUUGUGGACUGAGACACCGGAGGAUCCCAGUGAGUCCUGCAUUUGUAUCUUGCAAGUUUGUAAAAACGCGAGACGGGAA